GUGUUAUUGAGAAAUACGAAUCUCCAGUAAAGCUGCAUUAUGAGGCACAGAUUUAAUCUAGCAAUCUGAAGGCACCUGAUAUUGAUGAAGUAGGGCAUGUUAAUAGUAAUUUAUAAUCAACUUGUGUGAUAUUCAAGAAGAAAAACUGUUGGAUUUAAAAUGGAAAGACAGGCUAGAAUGAUGAUGAGAACAUUAUCGUGUUUACGUCAACACAAUGUUCGGACUAGUAUAAGGUCUCUAGGUGGAGCUACCCGUCAAUAUUCUACAGAUAAAGGUCAGACUUUAGAGCGGGAGGCGGUGGCGCUACCGAAACAUGCCCGUGUAGUGAUAGCAGGUGGCGGUAUUAUCGGACCCAGUGUAGCGUAUCAUCUGACUGAACGAGGCUGGACUGAUGUGGUUUUAUUGGAGCAAGGCAGUCUAACAUGUGGUACAACGUGGCAUUCAGUAGGUAUGAUUGGCCAACUUCGUGCUAAUUACCCUGAGAUGGAGGCGUGUCGGAUCAGUAGGAAUCUUUACGCCAGAUUAGAAGAAGAGGGGCACGGAUUGGGUUGGAAGCCAUGUGGUGGGCUGAAUUUAGCUCGAACCAAGGACAGAUGGACAGAGUUUAAACGGAAACACUCCAUGGCUAGUGCCAUAGGGUUAGAAACUCAUCUCUUAUCACCAAAAGAAAUUGAAAAACUGGUUCCAUUGAUCAAAACAGAUGACCUGAUAGGUGGAAUUUGGUUGCCGUCUGAUGGUGCUGUGACUGCUCCUGAUGUUUCCAUGGCGUUGAUGAGAAUCGCACGAGAAAGAGGUGCCAAGUUUAUGGAGGGUGUAAAAGUGGAGAAGAUUUUAACUAAAAAUGGUCGAGUGACGGGAGUAGAAACUUCAGCUGGCAAUAUUGAUUGUGAAUAUUUUGUUAACUGUGCUGGACAGUGGGCACGAGAGAUUGGUAAAUCUACGACCCCUAAGGUUCGAGUUCCCUUACAUUCCUGUGAACAUUUUUACCUCGUCACGAAACCACUGGAGGAGGUGGAUCGAUUGAUGCCAGGUAUCAGAGAUUAUGAUGGGUAUACAUAUUCCCGAGAAUGGAACGGAGGUCUACUGGCUGGAGGAUUCGAACCUGUCUCCAAACCUUGUUUCCAUACUGGAGUUCCUGAUAAAUUUGAGUUUCAACUCUUACAAGAAGAUUGGGAUCACUUCCAAAUUCUCCUGGACCAGAUUUUACUUCGUUAUCCUAUCAUGGAGAAAGCUGAAAUACGACAGUUGGUCAAUGGUCCUGAAAGUUUCAGUCCUGAUGCCAACUGGAUUCUAGGAGAAACUGCUGAAGUAGAUAACUACUAUGUAGCAGCAGGAUUAAAUUCACGAGGAGUUGUUGGUGGAGGGGGAGUGGGUCACUAUAUGGCCGAGUGGAUUAUUGAUGGUAAACCAAGUAUCAACCUCUGGCAGUUCGAUGUUCGUAGAUUCGUGGAUCAUCAUAAUAACAGAAGAUUUUUAUACGAAAGAGUCAAAGAAGUUUUAGGUUCAGUGUUUGGAUUGAGAUAUCCAAAAGAAGAUUUUACACGAGGUAGAAAAUUACGUACCUCUCCACUCCACACCAGACUAGAGAACGCUGGAGCUAUGUUUGGAGAAACAAUGGCGUACGAACGACCAAUGUGGUUUGACCCUGAUAAAAGAGAUAGAGGUGAAGACUCAUACAUCCAUCAGGGAUCCUACACCAAGCCAGCCUGGUUUGAAUUUACUCAAGAUGAAUAUUGGGCUUGUAAAGAACGUGUUUGUCUGAUUGACAUGUCCAAUUUCGCUAAAUUUGAGAUUAAGUCUGCUGGAAACGAAGCUCUGGAAUAUCUUCAGUAUCUUUGUAGUAAUAAUAUAGAUUUAGAAAAAGGAACCAUUAUUCAUACUGGUAUGCAGAAUGAACAGGGUGGUUUUGAGAAUGACUGCAGUAUUGCCAGAUUAGGGAACAAUAAUUUCUUCAUGAUUUGUCCUGCAACUCAACAGACACGAGCAUUGUCAUGGUUACGAAGACAUUUACCAGCAGACGGCUCUGUUCAAGUCAGUGACGUCACGUCCAUGUACUCUGGUAUUAAUGUCAUGGGACCACACGCUCAGGCUCUUCUGGGUGACGUCACUGAUGUAUCAACACAGAAAAAAGAUUUUAAAGUCAUGACCUGCAGAUUUAUAGAUGUGGGUAAUGCUAGUGGUAUUCGAGCCAUGAGACUGACACAUGCUGGAGAAGAUGGUUUUAUUCUCUAUAUUCCUUCUGAGUAUGCUCUCCAUGUUUAUGACACACUGAUGACUGCAGGAACUGAUUACGGUAUACGUAACGCAGGAUAUUACGCUAUUCGUCAUCUUAGAGUUGAAAAAUCGUUCGCUUACUGGGGUCUUGAUUUAGAUGAACAUACUACUCCAUUAGAAUGUGGUCGAGAAUUUAGAGUUAAAUUUGAUAAAGAUUUCAUCGGUAAAGAAGCUCUUCAGAAACAGAGGAAGGAAGGAGUGAGUCGAAAGUUCGCUCAGUUUAUGUUGGAAGAUUUCGAUGUUGAAACGGACAUUUGGCCGUGGGGCGACGAACCUAUUUAUAGAAACGGUGUAAAAGUUGGUAGCACUACGACGUGUGGAUAUGGAUUCACGCUAGAACGAAUGGUUUGUUUAGGAUUUGUCAGUGACCUUGAUCAGAACGGAAAUCCCAAAAUCAAUCCUCAGAUUAACGAUUAUGUGAUGGAUAAAGAAGCAGUGUAUGAGAUAGAUAUUAGUGGAAAACGUUUUAAGGCAAAACCUGGUAUACAUACUCCCAAACUUGCUCUUUCUAGUGUCGACCCUUCAUUACUAGCAUUCAUACAAAAAGAUACUUAGAUCAAAUUUUGAUAUUUUGUUAUAUUUAUAUAUGACCCUAAUGCUGUUUUUGUUGUCAGUUUGUGACCAGCAAGACAACCUACAUGUUGUUACUGGAUAUUCAGAUACAGUUACUAGUGUAGCCUUAAGAUCAAUGGCUGCUUACUGGGUCACAAUCUGGUAGCUAUUGUUAUAAACAGAUAGUAAUACUGAACUAUUGAAUUCUGGUCACAGUUAUAGUAUUACAACAAACUACAUUAUUAUGUGUUUCUUUAGUUUAAUACGAUGUUCAGUUGCAUUUUGACCUUAUCAUGUCAAUAUCAAUUAAAAUAUAUGCUAGCCUAUUAAAAACUGUAUUUUGUUGAUUGACAACAAGCAUUGGAUAUCCCAUAAUUCCACACAUUUUAUAGACAAAUUGUUAUUGAUCAGAGACCAUAGCAAUUUUGUCAGAUCUCAGUGUAAUUAAAGGUAUUAUGAUGAUUUUUCAAGAGGCCAGUCUUCAGACCCUUACUGAAGUUGCUAUAUUAAAAAUAAAAGCUAAAACCAAAUGGAACGAAAGUUUGGUCUCAUUUUUAUUAGGUUAUUCAGAACCUAAACAACUAGUAGACUCACACCUUUAAAACAAACGAACGAAACCUGUAGAUUUAUGUUUUAAUUAGAUUGUAUGUAUAUCUUUUGUUAUCUGUAUUGUUUUUGUUAUAUAACUUGUGAUUUUUAUAUUAGUUGUUUUGAAAUGUUUGAUGAAUUAUAAUCUUGUGUUUUAUGUUACAAAGGUUAUUUUCUGUUUCUAUUAUCUGUGAAUAAAUUUUGCAUAUUGUGUUACAAAA